ACGAGGAGAGCAGGUCCUCCGGAGCAGAACCCCCCCCCCUUUUCCCCGUCUCUUCCUGCGAGAGGGGGGUUGCUUUCCACUUUCUCCUUUCCAAGAGCUUCCUCGCUGCCCCUCGUGGGAUCCGGAUUUCCUAACACCUCUACUUAGGACAGACAGAACGGGGCAGAAGACCAAGGGGCUCCUGCCGAUCUCUUGGGAGGUUCCUGAGAGCUCAGAUGGAUGAGCAAGACUCAGCUGGUGCUGAAGUGGGAAGAGGCCAUGCCAUCAACACUGGGAGCAGUGGGGGAUUCUGGGAAAGCUCCAUGCAGAAGAUCUUGCGUGAGGAGGACACCCUCUGCUCAGAUAUGAAGAGCCAGCAGCUCAGGCAGUUCUGCUACCAGGAGGCCAAAGGACCCCGUGAGGUUUGCAGCCGACUCCACCACCUUUAUUAUCAGUGGCUGAAGCCAGAAAGGCACACAAAAGCUGAGAUGCUGGACCUGGUGAUCUUGGAGCAGUUCCUGGCUGUCCUUCCACUGGAGAUGGAGAGCUGGGUGAGAGAAUGUGGAGCGGAGACCAGUUCCCAGGCAGUGGCCCUGGCCGAAGGAUUCCUCCUGAGUCAGGCAGAGGAGAGGAAGCAGGCAGAGCAGCAGGGAAAGUUUCUAUUAGCAGAAAUGGGCCCUGAUUCCUCUGAGGCAGAGAGGACUCCAUUGGACACCAGAGAGAGGCUGCUGGGUGACAGAAGGAUGCCGACAAGACCUCCUCACCCCUCUUUUCUUGGUGGUGGAGCAGAAGCAGCAGCUGUGGAACCAGAUCAGGUUCCGGUGUGGUUUGAAGAUGUAGCUGUUCAUUUCACAGAUGAGGAGUGGGCAUUGCUGGAUCCUGGCCAGAGAGCUCUGCAUAAGGAAGUCAUGGAGGAUAACUGUGGGAUCCUGGUCUCUCUCAGAGGGGAUGAAUUGGAAAGGAAGAAUAUGGGAGACCAUGACAAAAUCCACACAGUGGAGAAUCCAUAUCAAUAUAUGGAGUGUGGUGAGAGCUUCAGUCAGAGCUCCCUUCCCACUUCCCAUCAAAUAAACCCCAUUGGGAAGAAACACUACCAGUGCCUGGAAUGUGGAAAGGGCUUCACUCGGAACUCCCGCCUCACGGCCCAUCGAAGAAUUCACACAGGGGAGAAACCCUAUCAGUGCUUGGACUGUGGAAAGAGCUUCACUACAAGCACAAGCUUCCAUCGACAUCAGAGAAUUCACUAUGAGGAUAAAGACUAUCAGUGCUUGGAAUGUGGAAAGCGGUUCAGGUGGAAGGUCAGCCUCACUUCCCAUCAAAUAAUUCAUACAGGGGAGAAUCCUUAUCAGUGCUUAGAGUGUGGAAAGAGCUUCAGUCAGAGGGCCCAUCUCACCACCCAUCAAAGAAUUCAUACAGGAGAGAAACCAUAUAAGUGCUUGGAAUGCGGGAAGAACUUUAAUACAAGGCCAAACUUCCAUCGACAUAAAAGUAUACACCGUGAGGAGAAACCAUAUCAAUGCUCGGAAUGUGGAAAGGGGUUCAAGUGGAAGAGCAGUCUCACUUCCCAUCAAAGAAUUCAUACAGGGGAGAGUCCCUAUCAGUGCUUGGAGUGUGGAAAGAGCUUCAGGUGGAAGGACAGUUUCACUUGCCAUCAAAGAAUUCAUACAGGUGAAAAUCCCUAUCAGUGCUUGGAGUGUGGAAAGAGUUUCACUGUGAAGAAAAACCUCACUUGCCAUCAAAGAAUUCAUACAGGCGAGAAACCCUAUCAGUGCUUUGGGGAGAGCUCCCAUCUCAUUUCCCAUCAAUUAACUCACAGUGCGGAGAAACCAUAGCAAUUGCUGUGUAGUGAUGACUGCUUGGGAGAGACUAUGGAAGGUAGAUUUGAAAUUUACUGCAUAUUAUACCUUGAGAGAAAACUAUAUGAAAAUAAUCUAAAUACAGUAUACUUAACACCAUAUAAACUAGCAAAGAUAUAUAAAAAUGUACAUGUUGGAAAUGUCAACAGGAGGAAGGGUAAUUGUAUAAUAUGUGGUGGUCCUGUGAAAAGGCAAAGUGUUUGGGGGAGAUGAUAUAUAAUUAACUGAAAAGGAUGUUUAAGAUGACAGUUCCUUAAAAAACCUGAAGUGUUUCUGCUAGGAGCAAUGGAGCAAUGGGGACAGAGGUCUGAGAAAGCUAAUUUAUUUAUGUAGCAACAACAGCAGCUAGAACUUUAUAUGCACAGAGGUGAAAGAGGAGGGAUUACCAACAAAGGAGGAAUGGCUUCUGAAACUGAGGGAUUGUGCUGAAAUGGUGAAAUUAACUGCCAAAUUAAGAGGAUAUAAUGAUGAAGUGUUCAAGGAGGAUUGGAGACCAUUGAUGGAUUAUAUAUUGUAUGAACCAGACAUGAAGGUGUUGGCAGGAUUUGAAAUAUUAAUGGAGAGGUGAAAGAAUUAACAAUCCUGGAGUUUAGAAAGUAAAAACAUAUGUGCUGUAAAACAACUAAUAAAAUGGAGCAAAAAACAAACAUUAGGAAAGGGAGGUGGGACAUCAAGAAGAAAAUUUAUGGGGUAAAAAUAUUAUAUAAUGUUCUGAAAUACUUUUGGAGAUUUAAUAAAAAUGUUUUUUAAAAAAAACACACCAGUUGCUAUGUAGUAGUUAAAUUUUAAGAGACUUUAAUUAGUAUUUGGGUGAGGAGUGCAACGGUGUUCUUGUGCUUCGUAACCCCAGCAGAGAAGUCAGUCUUGCCUCUCAGAGCCAUGGGGUGCAAACCCGGUGCCCAAUAUUUCUUCAUACUACGAAUCCAGAUCUCCAAGAUGGAAGUCAUUGGCCAAGUGUUGAAUUUAUCAAAAUCACUGAGGCCUAAUUGGAUCCGUAGAAUGUUUGGGAUCUGGUGGGCGGGGCUUGUGUGUUCUGCUCCGGAACCAGCCCCUCCCUUCAGGGGGUUCCGCAAGAGGGACCAACGGCCUCUUUGUGCUUCAUGCUGUUGUAUUUAGUCAUUCUGUUACAGUUUUAUUUAUUAUUAAAGCGGAGUUUAAGCGAGCCACUUGUUUUUCUCAAAGAAAAAGAAACUCUGCUGAGGAAAGGGGUGGAGUGUCCAUGAGGAAGAAAGAGUUCUCUGUUCUUCAGGCAUCAAAGGUGGUUGGGAGCAACAAUAAACAGAGUUUUCUUUCUUCAGCCAAAUCCACUUCUCUUCUCCCCACGUCCAACACAGGGAAGGAGCCUUAGAUGGAAUAGAGGCUCUGAGCAGAUGCAACUCCACCCCUGCGACAGCGCCUGGCGCCCUUUUUUCCAUGCCUUGUGGACAGAGCACCAGAUCUUGGCCAGGGGGACAUUUUUGUCAGGGUCUGGCAUAUAUUCCUCAAGCGCAUGACCCUGUUCUCCUUCCGCCCCAGUGUGAAGGGAAACUCUCUUGACAGGAGGCCUUGUGCCUCCCAGGAAGUUUUGAUCUUCUUCUUCUUCCUCUCUAGAUAUGGAAACCGCUUUGUCCCGAACGUUCUUCUCACGGGACACCUGGGUGUGUCUGUCUGGAGGCCCUACACAUGAGUAGACCAGCAGAGACACAUGCCCGACUGGCAUGAUCUCUCCCUUCUGGUCGGUUGUUUGGGAGACUCAAAAUCUUUCUCCAGCCCGAACAUCACAGUGACUGAUGCCUUAGAGACAUCAGCACACUUUAGGAUCCGCAGAGUAUGCGUAGCCAGCAUACAGACUCAGUAGCACAGCAUUUGGCUAAACUACUUUUUUUUACAUAUAUACACUCGGAGCAUUGUAACUCAGCUCCUUCAGCAUCAGACAGCAAAGAGAACAAAACAAAGGAACAAACGUCCUACAUCAUGGAAACACAGUAAUACAAACAUCCUGUCUCCGUCACUUCCUACACUGUGGAAUGAAAACAUACACCGUCAUGUAUGCCAAGAUGGUGUGUGGCGUCUUCAGUAGAGAUGGUUGGAGGUUGGAUCAGAGGAUGAGACGGGUGGCAGGCCUUGAAGAGGACACCCCCACACUAACAAACAAACAUGCUUGUGAGGUAGUUUAGGGUGAGAGACUGGCUGACUGGCCCAAGGUCAUACACUGAGCUUCGUGGCGACUCUUGCCUCCCCUCCCAGGUCCGGCCCUAUGGAAUAUAACGCCAAAUCCUACUGUAUAUUUUGUUUUGCUGCUGCAUCACACUAUUGAAUCAUGUUAAGCUAAUUGUCUGCUAGGACCCCUUGACCCUUUUCUCAUAUGCCACUGGCAAUCCAGAUGUGCCCCACCUGAUAUUUGUGCAUCUGGUUUUUCCUGCCUAUGUGCAGAACCUGUCACGGUCUGGUCGGCGGGCGUCAGGACCAGAGGCAAGAUGGUGGUGUAGAAGCAGGAACAGGUGCAGGGCUGAGGGUCCAGCAGCAGGCAGUUGCAGGGUCAAGGAGCAAGGCAGAGACGAAGGUCCAAGGAGCAAGAAGCAAGGCGAAGGCUCAAGGAACAAGAAGCAAGGUGAAGGCUCAAGGAACAAGAAGCAAGGUGAAGGUCCAAGGGUCGAGGAGCAAGGCGUCGGCAAGGCAAGGGUCCACGGAGCAAGGAUCAAGACGUCGGCGAGGCAAGGGUCAAAGGAG